AUGUGGUCAUAUUUCGAAAUUCUUGAUCGAGAGUUUGCGAAAUGUACUUUGUGCGGAUUAAAGAAGAAACUUGAAGCUAUAGUCAUUACUAAAACUGAGUCAAUUGUCAACUUGCAUGAAGUAAAUAUUCAAGCUGCAAGUGAAUCCCUUCCUGUAGAGGUGAUCCUUGGCACCAGUAGUGUGGAAGAGGAGCGAGCUGCUCCAGCCCCCUCAAUACAGCAAGGUGUUCAAAGUUCUAUGACAUCGUACCUCUCCAAAAGGAUCGGAGUGAAUCAGAAAAAGAAGAUAGAUGAGCAACUUCUUCAGCUGUUCACUAAAGACUUCCAACCAUUUUCAGUCGUUGAAGAUUCGGGGUUUCGGGGUUUUGUGCGGGCCCUUAAUCCUGGUUAUGAGUUACCAAGCAGGAAGCAUAUUUCAGAUGUAAUGCUGCAAGCAGCAUACACAGCAGCAAAGGAGAAAGUGGUAGACAAACUGUCAGCUGCGAAGACAGUUUGUUUGACCACACAUUGCUGGACAUCGGCAGCAAAUGAAGGUUACAUGGCGGUGACAGGGCAUUUUGUGUCUGAAGAUUUCACCUUGCAAUCGGUGUUGUUAGGAUGUUCCCAAUUGUCUGGUGCACAUACUGCUCCGAAUCUGUCGGCAUCUCUAAUAGGCACGACAGAUAACUUCAGGCUGACAGACAAAGUUUUGCUGGUUGUGACGGAUAUUGCACCAAAUAUUAAAAAUGCAGUAUCCAUUUUACAGUGGAAACACUUUGGGUGCUAUGCACAUACACUAAAUCUUAUUGUUCAGAAUGCACUAAAACAUUUUGUGUCAGUUCAGCAGAAAGUGAAAACUAUUGUAGCAUUCUUCAAGAGAAGCUGCAAGACAACAGAAAGACUGCUGACAUACCAACAAAAUAAUGGGGCAGGUCAUGUUAAAAAACUGGUGCAGGAGGUGCCAACAAGGUGGAACUGUACUCUGUGUAUGUUAGAGCGAAUAGUUGAAAUUAAAGAUGCAGUGAAGACUUCACUUGUACUAUUCACAGUUGAUUUUGAACAACUGACCGACGAGGAAUGGAACGUCUGCUCAGAACUCUGCUCUGUGUUGAAGCCAUUUGCACAGGUUUCAACACAGUUUAGUGCUGAGUCAUAUCCUACUGGCAGCCAAGUUAUUGUUCUGACAAGGGGAUUAUUAUCAGUGUGUGCAGAACUUUUGAAACGGCCAUUUAACAGUGUGACAAGGACUAUCAUUGAAGAAUUAACAAAAGGCCUGCAGGACCGUUUCCACAAUGUAGAGAUGAGCAAAUCUAUAGGAGUAGCCACUCUACUAGAUCCACGGUUUAAAUCUCUUGUGUUUGAAAGCCAAGUUGCAGCAGAUAAUGCAAAGAAACAGCUUAUUGAACUAGUAGCACAAAAGAUGGGUGACAGAAGACUGACAAACACAGGCCAGAGCCAUGAAACUGUGUCAACUUCAACCACCACUGAUCCCUUGUCAGUAUGGGGUGUCUAUGAUGCAAUUGUAAAAUCAACACAGCCCCAGGGCACUCCUCAGUCAGCUGCUAUUGUGGAAGUACAAAGGUACAUGGACAGCCCAGUUAUUAGUAGAAGUGAGGAUCCACUGGCAUGGUGGCGUGAAAAUCAAUAUAUUUUCCCAAAUAUUGCUAAAGUGGUGAGGGAAAAAUUCAAUAUAGUGGCCACUUCUGUGCCGUGUGAAAGAAUAUUUUCUAAAACUGGUAUCAUUAUAAAUGAAAGGCGAACACGGCUGAAGGCGUCCAAAGUUGAAAAACUUAUAUUUCUAAUUAUGAACAGUACUAACUCCUGA